CCAGAUACUCGCCAUCUGAGCAUCCAGGAAGGUGAGGAACUCGAAGAUCUCUAGGCAGCAUGCUUGAGGAUUCAUCAGCUGUCGCUCUGCUCCCAUUUCUGUGCAGCCCUUCAGUGAGGACCUCCGCUGCCGCCCGUCCACCAGCGUCAGGUACCGAGGCAGACCACACCGAACUGUGAGCCUCGCUGAGCUCGGUGUGUGUGCGUCAGAUUGGUCGGUUUCGCCUCGGCUGUUCGCCCACCGCUCAAACAAUCAGACUGGUGACCAACAAGUGACAGGUACGUCAGGGCCGAGAGAGGCGCGCGGCAUCCAGUCACCACAUUAUGUGUGUGCCUGUGACGCCGAUGGUAGGCACAAAGACCAUGCUGCUGCUGGUGCUGCUGGUGGGAGUGUGGGCCACUGCCGUCGUCGCAUUCGUGCCUCCCCUCGGCUAUGCCAUCCGCCACCUGCAGCAUGUGGGUUCCCACUCUGGUGGCCAGCAGCAGCAGCUGGACGUGCGGCGAGCCGAGCCGACUGAGUGGAUGGCCGCCCUGCCUCUGCCUACCGUCGUGGUGCAGUCAUCUUCGUCCACUCCCCAUCGACACCGGCGGCUCCGUGGCUCCACUGCACUCAUGGUGGGUCGGUGGGAGAGGGAGGCCAGGCGAUCGGUGACUGACGCAGGCAACUGAAUGUGUGUGGUGGGUGCAGGUGACCAAUGACGCCGAUACCGCCCCGCCUGCCGACCUGGACAGUCGCAUCAGGGAGCUUCGGGAAAAGAAGGCGGCGCUGGAGCAGGAAGAGGCACAACUGAAGCAGCACUUUGCUCUCGCGCUUAAGCAGCCUGAGGACAAAGAGACCGUCAUCAACAGCCUCCAGCAGCUCAUUGUGUCGACCGACCAGCGCAUUGUGUCAAUCGAUAACCGACUCAAUACGCUGUACCAAGCACUCUUCUCCACACAGCGCCCUGGUAGGCACGCACCUCUCACACACACAGGGAGGGAGGGAGGGAGGGAGGGAGAGAGAACGACCCACACAAGCAUGUGAAGAGAAGAGAAAUGCGCACACAUGACGACAGAGAGAAAGAAAGCGACCCGGCUAUUCACCUGACGUGCCACAUGGGUGUCUUUGUCUCUCUGUGUGUGUGUGUGCGCUGCAGAGGGAGUGACCAAGGAGGACUUGAAGGCGUUCCAGGAGAGCAACAAGGCGUUCCUGGAGGACAACAAGGCGUUCCAGGAGAAGUUAUUCGACUUUAUUACCACUCAGAAUGGCAUACGAGAGAUCAGAGAGCAGCAGAGAUCUGAUUCGCACCCCUGCGAAGCUGGACCAACUCAUCUGGGAGCUUCGAUCAGAGCAGGAUGGGCUGCAGCAGGAAAAGGCAGAAGUCGAGGAAGAGCUCGAGCAGGAGAAGGAUCCCGACACUCGCAAGCUCCUCACGCAGCGCAUUCUGUCCACCAAUCAGCUCAUUCUGGCGACCAUGCAGCAACUCACCCUGCUGUACCAAACACAUUACUGCACACCGCCCCCUGGUACGAACGCACCUCACACACAGAGAGAGGGAGGGAGGGAGGGAGGGAGAGCGACACACACACACACACACACACAUAUGACGACACUAGAAAGAGGAACGCGCACACUGACAACAGAGAAGAAGAAAGAAAGCGACCUGGCGAUGCACCUGAUGUGCCACAUGGGUGUCUUUGUCUGUCUGUGUGUGCAUGUGCGCUGCAGAGGCCGCGACCAAGGAGGACUUGAAGGAGAUGAAGGACGAUCAACCAGAUAAUGCUGAUAAAGAAGCUCGAGGAUGAGUAUAAUUUUCUGAGGCGCCAGCAGGAACUAUCAUCUCAACAACGAGGGCAGGGGGGAAGAAGCACCUCUCUGUCGAGCUGGUGAAGCCACGUAAGAUGCUCAAGGCUCUCAGUGGCUGCACUGAUGACUAGAUAGAAGCGGGUCUGAAGCAGUCUGUUGGGCGAUGAAAGAACUUCUCCUCAGAAUUGCAGAUGGUGAGAGAUCGAUAGGCAAGAAGGUGUGGUCCCGCAGGUUAGCCAUGAACCCGCUUACUAGGUGGGAUCGCAAGCCGAUACCGUAUGAUGGACGAUGGGAAGAUAUACGGCCUGGCUUUCUGUGUAUAUGUGUGGAUUGGAAUGCUUGUGUGGGUAUGGGGAAAUACAGACUCGAACUGGUUGGCUUUGUGCCGCUUCAUCAUGUCUCAC